AGAGAAGUGAAGCAGCGUGAGGACAGAGCAGUGACACAAGCAGCAGAGACUGGCACAGGAUGGGUGGUGAGGGGAGCAGGAAUAACCAUUAGAGAGGGGGAGGACACUCAGGACAUGCUGGGGUACAGUGGCAGAGUGACGGGCACUCCGCUGAGUGUGUGACCAUCUGUCCCACUGCCAGGGCUCCGAGGGGCAUGCAUCUGACAGCACUUCCAGGGAUCUGACCUGCACCCGGCUCAUCAUGAAACUCCUGUCUCUGCUCAGCUGCUGUCUCUCCCUCCUGCCAGGUGCUCUGGGGGCUCAGGGGAAGUUUGCCUACAAGCUGAUGAACGACCUGUUUGCCAAUUACUCCAACGCAUUGCGGCCAGUGGAAGACAUGGACAAAGCCAUGAAUGUGACGCUGCAGGUCACCCUGUCACAGAUCAUCGACAUGGAUGAGCGCAAUCAGAUCCUGAUGGCCUAUCUGUGGAUCCGACAGGUUUGGUUUGAUGCCUACCUGCGCUGGAACAAGGAUGAUUAUGAUGGUCUCGAUACCAUCCGCAUACCUAGCAGUUAUGUAUGGAGACCCGAUAUAGUCCUAUAUAACAAUGCUGACGACCAGUUUACUGGCUCCAUGGAGACCAAUGUUGUGAUAAGAUAUGAUGGGCAGAUCAUGUGGGACUCUCCGGCCAUUACCAAAAGCUCCUGCAAAGUAGACGUCUCUUUCUUCCCAUUUGAUGCUCAGCAAUGUCGCUUGACCUUUGGUUCAUGGACGUAUAAUGGCAAUCAAAUUGACAUCCUAAACCACCUAGACACAGGUGAUCUGACAGAUUUUGUUGAGAACGUGGAAUGGGAGGUGCUGGGAAUGCCAGCCAAGAAGAACGUUAUAACCUACGGGUGCUGCUCUGAACCUUACCCUGAUGUUACCUACACAUUAAUGCUGAAGAGGAGGGCCUCCUUCUACAUCUUCAACCUUCUCCUUCCCUGUGUGAUGAUCUCAUUCCUGGCCCCUCUAGGAUUCUACCUCCCAGCAGACUCUGGAGAGAAGGUGUCUCUGGGUGUAACUGUUCUGUUGGCUCUCACCGUGUUUCAGCUGCUUGUGGCAGAGAGCAUGCCACCCUCAGAAAAUGUGCCACUUAUCGGAAAGUAUUACAUUGCCACCAUGACCAUGAUCACAGCCUCAACAGCAUUAACCAUCUUCAUCAUGAAUAUUCAUCACUGCGGCCCAGAGGCAAAACCGGUCCCCAAGUGGGCAAAGAAGUUUAUCUUGCAGUAUAUGUCCAGGAUAUUCUUUGUCUAUGAGGUGGGCGAGAGCUGUAAGAGGCCCAAACCUGAGCCAGAGAAACCACCCAAAGUACAAGUCGGGAAUGGACAAGCCAAACGGGAGGAACCCGAAGCCAUAAUUAAGAACUGUGCCGGCAGUGGCCCAACGGGUAAAGUGAUAAGAGAAGACUCAGACUUUGGGCAUGAAGAUGUUUCAAGCAAUGGCCAUGGUGCCUGGAAGGAGACUGGGGCAUAUGACAAUGGUGAUCAGUGUGGGGGUGGGAAGGGAAGCGGGUACGCCGAGUGCCCCAAGGACCAUUGUCUGUGCCACAAUGAGCGCCUGCUUAAGAACAUUGAAUACAUGGCCAACUGCUUCAGGGAACAGAAGGCGGCACAGAAACGGACUGGAGAGUGGAAGAAGGUGGCCAAGGUGAUGGACCGCUUCUUCAUGUGGGUGUUCUUCAUCAUGGUGUUCUUCAUGAGCGUGCUCAUUAUGGGCAAAGCAAUCUAACAGGCAUUGUCCUAGGACAAGCCACGUGUUCCCAGGCAUGGUGCAUGGUGGAGAUACCAGCUCCAUCGUCUGCUGCCAGGUUGUCUAACUCUAUUCUGGAAGAUUCACAACAGUUCCACAAGGUCGCCCAAAGCAUAUUAACCGUAACCAUCCGUUGCACACAAGUACUCUGCCAUUCUGACCAUCUCCUGAGGCGUCCGCUUGUUGCAGAUCAUCAUGUGACAAGAUUGUUUCAUUGUUCGGACAACAAUAAAUAUCCUGCCGUAGCCCCAACAACUCCCAAAUGCUGGAGAAUGUGCCGGUUGUGUGUGUAUAUGAGUAUUCCACCAUUGCCCAACUAUCACUCAUCAGUCCUGGGGCGGGGAUAUCUAUGGAAGACAAAACGUCUCUACAGCCACCACGUGCAAGAGCCUCCAGCAAACCUAAUACACCUGGGACACAAGUGUCUAGGGCUUAUGUGCGACCUGAGGGCAAUUUAUUUAGGAGCAGGUGAAGUCAGUAUUUGCCAUUAAUAUGUAUGAAAGGCUGUAUAUUACCCAGCUAAAUCAGAUGUGCGAAAUAACGGCAGUAUAAGUAUAUGGGCCUGACGCGGUUUGACGCAGUUGGGUCCGACGCUAACUCAAAUUUUCUAUUUUUUAAAUACUGGGACGCCCAUUUGCAGCUGUUAAUCCAUCACAGUGCGCCGAAACUCGCAUCAGCCCUAUGGGGGGCACAGUUUCUCCGCCCGAACAUGGCGUCCUGUGUGAGCGGCUGUGCGUCGUUAGAUGCAGCCGCUGUCAGCGACACACCUACGACAUGCCCGCUCUAACCCGUAACACUUUUUAUGCAAAGCGAUAGAUAAACAACGCAGCCGGCGGGUGUCUCUCUAUGAAAUCCAGCAGCUGUGGCUUUAGCAUAAAAACUAUUGCCGCAGCAGUAGUAAAUGACGCCGUCAUGGCGGCAUUAGCGUCUGCAGCUGAAUCUGGCUCUGUUUCACCAUCUGGAGCAGGUUACACUAUUAGGAGAGAGGAGAUUCCCUGGCAGAGCCGGCAGACAGUGACUGACAGGUUUUCAGACUACUACGUGGAUUGGUAAAUUCAUAUAUAGGGGCAGGGCCAGUGAUGUCACAGCAGCUCAAAUGACUGCAGACUCAGCCUGUUGACCUGCUUAAAUACCAACUAGGGCCUACUGAAUUUGUAAAGGUCAUAGCUGUCUUUAACUUAAAGGGGAAGGUACAUUAAUAUAUUGAUUUGUAACAGAGCCGCUGUGAAUUAUCAGAGUAGCACAGUAUUUAUCCUUCUUGGUUACUAUUGUAAAUGUGGCUUUAGUGGCCCAGUAUAUAACUAAAUGAAACAUUAUGUACAUAUAUUUAACCAGCAGAGGGUAAAACUUGGAGCUCCGUAUGUAGAGGUAUAGAAUAUUUAUAUUAAAAACCAACGUUUGUAGUCAUCUGCAGUAUUUGUGAGAUGCUGUAUUAAUGCCAAACGCUCCCCAUGAGUGUACAGUAUAGGAGGCUAGCAUAGCAGCAAUGUAUGUGUUACAAUGAAUGCAAUGCCCCAUACACGUGUAAUGUAGCGGGGGAUGAGGGGGGAUGGCGCUCGUGUUAUGUAAAUGCUGGUAAUGGGAUUAAACAUCUGCUACGUGUAACAA